AACAGUUUUAUAUCUCUCACCACUGAAAAUGUUUGGAAAAAGACUAAUUUUUCGUUUGACAAACAAUGAUUGUCCAAACUUUUAAAAAUGUUUGUCCCUGAGCUCCUCAACAAACAUUUAUGUCGAGCAUUUGUUCAGUGUGGACACGGCUUUGAUGAAAAACUUAUAUCCAUUAAAUCUCUAGAAUAUGAUGUGUUCUCAACGUUUCAUUGAAGAUCAUCAUCAACUCAGCUGUGUCUCAGCAUCCACAUCCAACUGAUUCAAAAACACCAAUAAGUAUGUUUAUAUCAUGAAAUAACCUGAAAACUCUGAAGCUACUUACACUGCACAACGGAAUCAUCAUCACACGGUAUGUAAAUCCAACAUUAAAUGAAAAUAUUAUUCCAAACCUCACCUCAAUCAUGUAAAUUUUAAGAAUAUUUCAACCUUAAUAUGAGUUGUCAAAAAAUGGCUACAAAACACUAUUCAAAUUCUGCGUGAUCCACAGUCCAAUGACUUAAUCAUUUCAAAAAAUGUACCCGAUAAUUUCGAAUAACACAAUCUAUCCCUGAUUCGAGACAUCAUCAAUCGAAGCUCAUAACAUGAGAAACUGAUUAAAACCAAUCCAUUAUCCAAUAUCUUGCAUCCUAUAUCUUUGAGUGUUGUAUUCUAAAAAGAGAUUGUAGAUACAAAACAAGUCGACCAUGGCGAAACCUGUGAAGAAUACAAACAUCAUGAGUGAGGCGAGCAUGAGAGCACAGAUCCUCCGACAGCGGCAGCAGCAAGAAAUGAUAGAAAGAAGCAAAAAUAUAAGGCUGCGAUGGUUUGAGAAGAAUUACGAGCGUGUAUACUUGAAUCCAACACGCCCACCUGACAGUGUACCCAAGAAAGCGGCCGUACUGUACGAACAAGUGACUCGUAUGCGACAAGAUAUGUUCCAGCGAGAUAGAGACGAGAAAAUUGCUAAGAAAUUGGAAAGAAGUGGCGUUGAUGUUAAACCGGUUACAACCACCGAGAAUCCAGAAGACCUCCAGGAAAAACUUCUUCGUGGACCAAUGUAUCCAGUUCCAAAAGAUGUGAUGGACACUCUAUAUGAAGGAAUCAGUCAUAACGACGAGGGGCGAGCACGUUAUCUGAAACUUCGAUUGAAAAGUUCGCCGGAGAAUAAGUACUUGCAUCCAGUAACCUCGUCACAUACUUACGGCUGGAAGGUGGGCGAGAGAGCUUUUCCACAGCGCAGACUGGGAAGAAGAGCUGUCAUCAGAGACAGCUUCACGCGGAGAAACGGAGCACUCAAAAUGGAUUCAAGGUAUUGGAGAAAGCCUCAACCAGCUGGUCACAUAGGAUUUGACAUGCUUUAGAAGUUUCUCCGAUUGACAGACACACUUUUCAUAACACUCCUCAAGCUAUCGCUUCAUGGAAAUUGAACAGCUUUCGAGAAAAUACAAAAUAUUGACACAGAAUGACAGAA